CUCAUCAACCAGAAUCCCAUUAUCUACGAGGCCUCGGCUGGAAAGUCAACCAGAGAAUGGCGCGAGGACGAUGAGGACGAGGACACUCCUGAUCCGAUCGACGCUCAGGAGAUCUUUGAUCUCAUCCGCUCUAUCUCUGACCCAGAGCACCCGCUCUCCUUGGAGCAGCUCAAUGUGACUCAGCGAGAUCAUAUCCAGGUCUCGGAUGAGAACAACACUAUCCUGGUCGAGUUCACACCAACGAUCCCCCAUUGCUCAAUGGCAACCCUGAUCGGCCUCUGCAUCCGUGUCCGAUUGCUUAGAUGCCUGCCCUCGCGUUUCAAGGUCGAUAUCUCAGUCAGGAAGGGGACACACCAGAGCGAACAUGCUGUCAACAAGCAACUUAACGACAAGGAGCGUGUGGCGGCUGCGCUGGAGAACUCACAUUUGCUGGAGGUCGUGAACCAGUGUCUAGCUACUGCUACUAGUGGCGGUGUC